AUGUCUCCAGUCGAUCAUACUGCUGCCCUGGUUCUGGGCUCUCCGCCCAAGGACAUCGCGGGACAGCCAUCUUCUGCCCCCCCAGUCAUCAUUUAUAUUGACGAUGCCAGCGGGAGCGACGAUGCAUCCACCCCAGGCACCAAAGAGAGCCCUUUUCAGUCUCUCUUUGCCGCCUAUAUCGCAUUUCCUCCCGAGUCAAGCACGCCUUCCCCAGUCUAUUUCGCACGCGUCGUAAAGGCCAAUGGUCAGGGGGACGCUGUUGAAUGGCGAGAGGCUGCCAAAUCAGCCAUGAAGAAGGUUGUCAGCCGAUACGCAGAGUACGUCAAAAAGAUGGCCAAGCAGAAUGAGGAGGAGGCAGAUCGGCAAGCCACUCUCGUCGAGGCCAGAAAGGUCGUCAUCCAAGAGGAUCACACCCUUCCCAAGGCCAUUCGGUUGAAGAUAUCAGCCAAGGCGCCCGAGGGAGUCACUUUGGGCUCCGAAUCGACCACGGGCACGCGUGUCAAGGUGAUUGGACGUAUUGACAACAUCAGAGUAUCCAAAACCCGUACGUUUGUUUACCUGACCGACACUCGCGACACGCUGCUGUGUCUCUUCGAAGGAGCCGUCAAUGCAGUCGCGCCCGUGCUGUUCCAGAAGCAGACAUCGAUUGAGGUUUUUGGUCAACUAAAGUCUGUCCCGGCCAAGAACAAAGCGCCAGGUGAUCGCGAGCUCCAUGCCGAUUAUUAUCGAAUCAUCGGCGAGGCUCCUGGCGGUCCCGAGUCCUUCACCAACAUAGCACCCACGAGCGCACACCAAUCGACCCUGCCCGACGCCCGCCAUCUUGUUCUUCGUCGCAGGGAAGAAGCCAUGGUCAUGAAAGCUCGCUCCUCGGCGCUGAGCGCCUUCCGCCAGUACUACAACGAGCACGAGAUGCGAGAGGCGACGGCGCCGUCCUUUGUUCAGACUCAGGUGGAGGGUGGUGGCUCGCUCUUCAGUCUCUCGUAUUACGGCGAACGCGCGUACCUGACGCAAACCUCUCAGCUUUAUCUCGAGGCGCAACUACCCGUGCUUGGGGAUUGCUACGCCAUUCAAUCAUCGUUCCGAGCGGAGAACUCUCACACCCGCCGUCAUCUGUCGGAGUACACCCACAUCGAAGGCGAACUCGACUUUAUUGAAUUCGAUGACCUUCUUAACCACAUUGAAGACCUUCUCUGUGGCGUCAUCGAGAUCCUCCUCGCUCAUCCCGAGAGCAGAGAGCUCAUCAUGGCCCUCAACCCCGAUUUCAAGAGUCCGGCUCGACCCUUUCGACGCAUGCGAUAUGCUGAGGCGAUUGAAUGGCUCAAUGCCCAUGGUGUGAUGGAUGAGAAUGGAGUUCCCCAUGUUUUCGGGACCGAUAUUGCAGAAGCUGCCGAGCGAAGGAUGACGGACGAGAUUGGCGUUCCUAUCAUGCUCACGCAUUUCCCUGUUCCCAUCAAGGCCUUUUACAUGAAGAGAGAUGCGGGAGACCCCAGGGUGACCGAGAGUGUUGAUUGCCUUGUUCCAGGAGUUGGCGAGGUCGUUGGAGCGGGUAUGAGAAUGGACGACUAUGACCAGCUUGUUGAGGUCAUGAAAGAGAACGCGUGGGAUUUGAAGGCGUAUGCCUUCUAUUCAGAUCAAAGAAAGUAUGGCACCUCCCCUCACGGUGGUUAUGGAAUGGGCAUUGAGAGAUUUCUUGCUUGGAUCCUCAACCGUCACUCCGUCAGAGAGUGCGUCCCAUUCCCAAGAUACCCUGGCAAAUGCACUCCUUAG